CACCAAGGACACAUCGAAAAAAGAGCCACAGCUGUCCCUCUCAUAGUACCUACCUACCUACCUAUCUAAUUCAUAGCUGAUGUUAACGAGAGAGAAUGUAAGCCACCUAGGUAGGUUAGGUAGGUAUGCACCUCGUAGUGUCCCGUUUGGAGAUAGGUAGGCACCUCCCUACCUACCUACCUAACUGCCCGUCCAUUGGUGAUUGUUAACCUGGAAGGAUGCAACGUGCCUGCCCAGCUACCUAGCUGACCUUUGACGUCAACGCCAUGGUGGGGUAGUUUGACGUGGCCCAAGCUUCCAUUCCGAAAUGCCGACUUUCAAUACAACCCCUCAUCUCACAAAUCAUGUAAUCCCUACGUACCUAGAACUAUAUCUACCUACGCAGUAGAUAAAUUCGACGCAUUCGUGAGACCUUCCUGUCUAGUCCGUAUGAAUAGCUUGCGAGCGUUGCAAAGACUGAAACUGCAAUCAAAUAUUCUCCAAACAUCUUCCAGGCGGGUUUCCUCACGAUUCGUUGCAACCAUGGCUGCGACAACAGAUACCAAGAAUUAUAAAUUCAACCACUCUAUGAUCCGCGUCAAGGAUCCAAAGGAGUCAGUCAAGUUUUACGAGUUCCUUGGUAUGAAAGUCAUUCAGAAGCUGGAGUUCCCGGAAUCCAAGUUCGACCUCUACUUCCUCGGUUACGACUCGCCAAAGGCCGUGUCUCAUGGGAAUAAUGUCUGGGAUCGCGAAGGUCUCAUCGAACUUACCCAUAACUACGGAACCGAGAACGACCCCAAUUACAAGGUCAACAACGGGAACCGCGAGCCUGAUCGAGGCUUCGGCCACACCUGCAUCAGCGUUGACAACCUCCAGGCCGCGUGCCAGAGGAUCGAAGAUGCUGGCUAUAGGUUCCAGAAGAAGCUGUCAGACGGUCGGAUGCGCCACAUUGCAUUUGUUUUGGACCCGGAUGACUAUUGGGUUGAGGUCAUCGGCCAGAAGCCAGUCGAGGAGACUGAGAAUGUGAAGGAGACGGAUGUCGGGACUUACAAAAUGAACCACACCAUGGUCCGUGUGAAGGAUGCCGAGAAAUCCUUGAAGUUCUACCAGGAGGUUCUGGGCAUGUCAUUGAUACGGAAACAUGAGAACGAGAAAGCCGGCUUCAACCUCUACUUCCUGGGCUACCCAGGUGCCAAGGGAGUGCCUGCAGAGGGCCAAUCGACUGCGGACCGGGAGGGGAUCCUGGAGCUCACAUGGAACCACGGCACCGAGAAAGACGCAAGCUUCAGCUAUCACGACGGAAACCGUGCAGACAGUGAGGGGCGGCAGGGGUUCGGUCAUAUCUGCGUGUCGGUUGACAAUCUCGAUGCGGCUUGCGCGAGACUCGAGGACUUGAAAGUCAACUGGAAGAAGAGGCUGACGGAUGGGCGGAUGAAAAACGUUGCCUUUGUGCUGGAUCCGGACGGUUACUGGAUUGAGGUUGUCCAGAAUGAGCGUUUCGCGGGUAAGGCCAACUUCUAGAUACCUACUGCGCAGUAAGCAGGCACGGAAUAUCAGUCCUGUCCAGCAGCGUGCACAUGACAUGGCAUGGUUCAAUGGCACUUACGAGGCGAAGUGCAGGCAAUGAAGAUCGGGAAGAUCCAUACUGGGGCAAUGAAAAGAUCCAGCCAGUCAGGAAACAAUAUACAUACUGAGACGGCUCAGCUUAUGCCCCCUUGGCCCCCC